AUGUCGACCGCUACAAACGCCUCAGCGCUGACCUUUGACCGCAAGGCCCGGUGUUCGACAUCCAAGGCCCGCGCCUCGACUCUGCAUUUACCUCAUGGUCCAGUGGACCUUCCCAUUUUCAUGCCAGUGGCCACCCAGGCAUCUCUCAAAGGACUGACCCCCGAACAAUUGGAAGAGACUGGAUGCAGAUUAUGCCUGAACAAUACAUACCACUUGGGAUUGAAACCUGGCCAAGCGGUGCUUGACACCAUUGGCGGUGCCCAUAAACUACAAGGAUGGAACUACAAUAUCCUGACAGACAGCGGCGGUUUUCAAAUGGUUUCAUUGCUCAAAUUGGCAAAGAUCACGGAGGAAGGCGUGCGAUUCCUCAGCCCUCACGAUGGUAGCCCGAUGCUCCUGACCCCGGAGCAUUCCAUGUCUCUUCAGAACUCCAUCGGCUCAGAUAUCAUGAUGCAGCUCGACGAUGUCAUUCAGACGACAUCACCUGAUCAUGCUCGUAUGAAAGAGGCCAUGGAACGCUCCAUCCGUUGGCUCGACAGAUGCAUCGUUGCACACAAGAACCCCGAGACCCAGAACCUUUUUUGCAUUAUUCAAGGUGGUCUCGACCUGGAAAUGAGGCGACAGUGCUGUGAAGAAAUGGUCAAGAGGGACACACCAGGCAUAGCUAUUGGCGGUCUGUCUGGCGGAGAAGCAAAAGCGGAUUUUUGCAAAGUCGUUGAUACAUGCACCGGUUUACUUCCUGACAAUAAGCCGAGAUACGUCAUGGGAAUAGGCUACCCAGAAGAUAUAGUCGUCGCAGUUGCUCUUGGAGCAGAUAUGUUUGAUUGUGUGUGGCCGACACGAACGGCACGCUUCGGCAAUGCGAUCACUUCCAGCGGCGUCCUGAACCUCAAAAAUGCUCGGUAUGCUCAAGAUUUCGGGCCCGUUGAGCAAGACUGUACCUGCACUUGCUGUCGCCCAAAAGAAGAAGGCGGGUUGGCCAUCACCAGAGCGUACAUCUACCACCUCGCUGCGAAGGAAACUGUAGGAGCUCACUUGUUGACGAUGCAUAAUGUACACCACUUGCUUUCACUAAUGCGACGGAUCAGAACGGCCAUCAUGGAUGAUCAGUAUCCUUUAUUCUGCAAGCAAUUUUUCGCCAAGUAUUUUGCUGGCCAAUCUCCGCCAGCAUGGGCUGUUGAUGCUCUCGAGGGAGUGGGCAUUGAGAUAUGA